AUGUCGGAGAGAAAAUUUCGCAGCUUGACUCCUCGCGUCCAAAAAAUUACCGAUACAAGCUACAUCAGUGAGCCUCUUCAACAAAUUGAUGAAGAAAGCAAUGAGGUCAGCAACCAGCUGCGUCUUAUACGUAGCAGAUAUGAUAAGCUUAAAGAUCUCAAUCGAAUCAAACGACUAAAAGUAGAAAAACUAAAAAAAGAAAUUGCUCAAGCCAAAAAAAUCGGAAAUUCUAUGCAAGGUGACAAGUACAAUUUAGAAGCCAAAAUCAUAAAACUCGAAAACUCAAUUGAAAUGGCCAAGGCAAAACGAAUUGAAGAAGAAGUUUAUGCGAGAAGUUAUAUGCAUAUUCUCAAUAGAAUGAGAGAAGAAAAACUUAUUCUCGAUAAACAAGCACGCGUCAGACAAGAUGAACUCAGCACUAAGAAACAAGUUUUGACUUUAGAAGAACAAAAAACUCGGCAGGCCUAUGAAAGUCAAUUAAAAUCACGAAUUGAGCUAAAAGAACUGAAACAUCAAAUGGACACUGAGAAAAGGCAGCAGGAGGAGUCUUUAAAAGUCAUAGAAAAGAAAGCUCUGGAAAGAGAAAAAGCUUUAUCUAGGCUUGAAGAAAGAACAAGAAGGAGGGAAGAAUUAGCAGAAACUGCAAGAAAUGAGGCAUCAAGCCAAGAAACUUUUGAUUUGAGGCAAAGUUUGCAGCUUCAUAGGUUUUGGUAUAGAAUUUUCCCAUAGAUGGCGCUGUUUGCCCUUGAUUUGCCCACUAGUAAAAUUUUUUGGUUUGACUAAACCAUAUGGUACUGGUCGAACCAAAAAAUUUUCCCAGUGGGCAAAUCAAGGGCAAACAGCGUCAUCUAUGGGAAAUUUCUAUAUCUGAUGAUAAAUAAAAGGAUAAGUUAUGAGCUAGAAAGAGGAAGUGACAUAGAAAAAGCUUUCCAAAAAAUUCGGGUCGCCACUGGGCUUCAUGAUAUUGAAGAAAUUGUUAGAAGAUUUUUAACAAGAGAACAAAGUUACACAGAAUUCAUUGACGUUGUAAAAGAAACUGAAAAAAAGCUUGAAGAAGUUAGAGACAAGACAGAUGCUGCCAGAUCCCAGCUACAAGAUAUACAGUUUGAUAGAGAAGGUGAUGGAAAACUACAAAAAAAGAUCAGAGAAAUUGAAGAAGCUUACAAUGAAGAAUAUAAAACUUAUUUAAUUGCCUGUGAGAAAUGCAAAAAAUAUCAGCUGGUUACUGAUAAAGUUAAAGACUGGGUAGUCAAACACUUGAAGAUUUUGAACAAUGAAGACGAAAUAGGAGAGCUAACUGAGCUUUUUCAGAAGCUGAAUGAUUCUGUAAUUUUAUUACUUGAUAAAGUAGCAGAUAAGCAUGAUAAGCUGAUUGAAAAUGUGGAGACUUAUCGCAAGAAGAAAACACAAGACAUCAUGCGAGAGCUAAACUCGUCACCUUUGUCAUUAAAAAAUAAGAGAUUCACUCCUAUACUUCAAGAAUCAAACUCAGAAGAAGAUAUUAAGCUAUUAGGAACUGGAGUGCCCUCUUAA